GGCAGCGAAUCAAAGGGACGUCUCCCUUUCUGGAACCACGUCUCGUCCGGCGGUGUAAGCAUCUGUUGUACAAAAAAUAGCUAUUGGAAUACCUACAUUUCACCAUACCGCCACAAAAAAAGAGAGAAAAACUCUACCCAUAACUGUUGCUUGUGAAUUGUACGCGACGCAACUCGUGUUUAGUGCGUCGCUGGCAGCAGACGCUGCACUCGAGAGUAGGUGGUGGAUAGAACACAACAUUGUGUCUCGUGGAUACUGCUGAACUGUUCUGACAAGGACAACAGGGCUUACAAAGAGGCGUACUCGUUCACGUCUUUCGCACCAUGUAGCCGCCAUCGAUGCUAGGUAAUGUAGUUCCUUCGAUCUAAGUAGCUUUGGAACGCUACAGAUAUCGUGGUAAGUGUCUCGCGCCAGAGAGCACUGAGUCCGGGCCUAGCAGCAACAUUUCCUCGGGGAGGCUGGUGAAACGAGGCGCGGAACGAUGUGCGACGCGGUUAUAGCUACCUCCACAAGGUCCCGGAACACACCACGCGUUGCGGCAGCGGCCAUGAACACGGACAAAAUACUGCGAGCCAAUGCUGGGACCAAAUCGCUAAUCGUUCGCGAAAAAAGGCUCAUAGAGACGACGAUGUGCGCCCCGGAAGGACUGGUUGACGUGACCUGCCCGCCUCCCCCCCCAGGAACCUCCACACAGGUCGAUUGUCCAUUCUGUCUCGAAUGUCGCACAGGUGAGCUGUAAUUCCAUGUAUUCUCACAUCUAUCUUUCUGCACAUUUCAGUUGCGAUACUUACAUCGUUACGAGGAACGUUUUGCGCGAGCAACACACUCGAACACGAGUGUCUUCCCUUCUGGCGCUUGGUCGUUCCGCAAAAUAAAGUCGGCACACACAUACCGCCGUCAUGGCCUCGCACACACUGUGUCGGGUGUCUUCCGUGUGCAACCCGUUGUCCCUCGCUAAGACCUCCAGUACUCACAGAUGUGGACCGGUGAUCUGUGUUUUUAAUUCGAUUCUGCGGCGACGUUCCCGAUCGUUUGUCCCCUGUUUCAUGGUACAUUUUUGACAGGACAGCUUCAAACGGAUCGCAACCUUAAUAGUCCCUGCAGGUGACUUCAUCCAUUCCCGCAAGAGCACACAUCUUCUGAAAAUGCCUUUCGUCUCCUGUCUCGGUUAAGCCCUGUACUGUAGCGAAGCACUGCCUCCCACGCGACCGCAGUUUGUCUAGCUAAAGUGGCGGCUUCCAAAAUCUCUAUUAUCCCUGUGUCUGUUCCAGAAGGUACGCGAAUGCGUUCGCUUUUUUCGAAGUCCGUACCCCUAACUUCUGCGGUGUGAGUUAAAACCCUGUAGUGCCAGGCGCAGCACCGUGCCUCGACCCCCCCCCAUUUUGACUCUCUCUCUCUCUAGCAACACAAAGGUUACAAGUUUCUCUCGCCCGAUUUCGCUGAAUUUCCAAGCGGUAUACGGCGCUACCAGAUUCGGCAACGCAGCCGGCGUUCUCCUGAUCUUUCAAGACCACGACGCAACCCGGGUAUGCCACGGCGAAAGUGGUGUGGCAAAAUCGUGGCAUUAUCGCUGGCAAGCAGUUGCAUCAAGUCGUAUGGCAAAACAUUCUCGAUAGCUAACGCCUGGACUUCUCUCUAAAUGCAUUUCUACCGUAUUUGUGCAAAUUUGAUUCCCUUUUUAGAACGCCAAAGAGCCCCAUCCGGCGGUGCCGGCAGAGUGCAAAAAGGAAUUCGUCCCGAACAGGGAACUGCGAAUUCUCCGUGGACUGAGAGGCUCGAGUGUCACGCACUGGCGUCGGACUGAGGCGUUGUGUGUUCCCUGGAAUGAAUGUUUUUCUCGCCAUCUGCCCGAAUCGUGUGUUUGGUGUGAACGGCUGGUCAUCACAAUUUCGCAUUUCUCUCCACGUGAACCUUUACAACCACCCCCCCUUUCCCCCAAACCCCGGACGUACAAUCGGGUGCAACAGGCGCGCAAAGCUGCUUCGCAGACCUUUCAGGGCGCUUUGCUUUCGGGACUUUCCCGAAAGCCCCAAAGCUCCUCGCGUCUCGAUUCGUGGCGCACCCCCCCUGUGUUAAGGGACGAGCCGCUUGGCCGAUCCUAGAGCCGGAGACGUUGCGCAACACAUUUUUAGCCGUUUCCGUCAGGUGCUUCUUCUCCUGCCGUCUUUCCAUUUCCUCAUUUCACUUUUCGCUUCAGAAUGCUGGUCGGUUAACGUUCGAAUCGUCUGUUUCCCCGGUUCUGCAACAGUGGAUUCGGCUGUCUUCGCGUCCUGUGUCUACUCGACACCUUUCGCCCCUAGAGUCGCCGGAGAAAAGAGGGCUUCUGGUACGUGCGACGCUCAGAGCCUGCCUGCCACCCACCAGGGAAAACGCCUUUCGGGAGAACUGUGGGGCCAGGUGUUGCUCAUACCUCGAGUCACUUUCCUGGAAAAGCAUUUCCGUGUGGCCUUUACCCUCUUUUCAAAGAGAAAUGGACUGUGUAGCGACGCCGCUGUUCACAAACUCCGCCACGCAUUGACCGUCCUUCCAAGGGAAGUUCUGUAUGUGCACACCUCUUCUGCCGCGCUGGGAGUCGUCCAGUGCGGCAAGCUGGUUCCGGAGAGCCGUUACCUCGGCUUGCAGACCGAGAGGUGGCAGGCAGAGGGCGCGGAUCCGACUUCCGUUUCUGCAGACUCUUUGCUCCCGGCGUGCCGCUCUGUUUCUUUCUCGGGGAGAAAAAUCUUGCAGCGCUGGUUUUUUCUUUGGAGACAAAGUCUGAGGUCGAAUCGCCGAAGGUGUGCCGUCUAGCCACUUCGUCACUGGCGGGUGAAGCGCGCGCGGGGGGGGGCGUCUCUUUUUCCGUCCCGAUGUCCCUCGAUUUUCGCGGGAUGUCCAAACCCACAUCUCCCGAUUGUCACUUUCUCUCCGGGUCCUCCCCCAGGGGACGAGAAGUGUUGUCCAGAGAGACGGCUGGGCACAUGAGACGGGCGUUCUGCUCGUUUUUUCUAGUGCAGCUCUCGCUUUUCCAGGUCCGUGUGUCUCUCUGAAGUUCGGGUCUGGCGGGUCCGGGAAAUGCAGUCGGCAACCUGGAGCAGCCUUGCGUGUUUGUGAGCAGAACUGAGGCCACAGUUGUUGAAGCCCCAAGAUCCAGUGUGUGCAUUCGUCGCUUUUCUCUGCCAUUCGCGUUUUUUCACCCAAGAAGCCCUGGAUACGGAACCGAAAUCCGUCGCCACAGAACCGCCUUCCAGAUUAGGGAAAAGCCCGGUGCCGUUGCGUCCACUUUUUGUCGUCCGGAUUCCGCGACUUAACCGUUUACCAGAGCUUUAGAAAGCCUGUCAACACGGCGAUCGCACCUGCGAUCCGGCUUCUUGGAACGGUGCCCAGAAUCCGGUUGUAACAGUGUGUACAUGUUGCAGAACACGGGGACACUUUCGUGCGAGGAAGACUACUCUGUGAAGAGAAUCGUCUCCGAGUCGUGGUAACGAGCUCAACUCAGGUGUGCUGCGGUCUCCUUCGUAUGUCCAGGGCUCAAACCCGUUCUUGAGGUAGUGCACAGAAUCAGACCAGAGAGGGAAUCUCCGUUACCGAACUCCACUGGCAAGAGUCGGCCAGGGAAAACAGUUUUUUCCGUUUUUUUCACGGUGGAAUUUAGCCGCCUCCAGUGCGUUGUUGUUUCCUUCAAAGGACGCGCUCUACUCUGCGUUGAAGAACGGCAUACUGCGCCCUCUCCAACGGCCGUUCGUGUCUAGCGCUCUCUCCGGCGGCCGUGUCGGGGUGGCACACAGGGUUCCAAGGCGAGUCUUGCCGAACCCACGGGGGAGUCUGUGAAAGGUGGUUGAACGCCUCCGGGAAAUCAUGCUGAACGGUCUUCCGGUUCCGGGUCUGCAAAGACAAAGGCGAGUGUGCGGUGUCUCGGACUAUGCGAUGCCGUGUAAGGAACCGGAUAUGGGGGACUUACUCGACGCGAAUCAGUGUCUUUCUCAGACAAAGAUGGACAAUACCGACGAGCAGGACCUCUCACCUCCAAGCAGUGAAGCCGCGGCGUCCACCUGUGCAUUCUCGGACAGCGCAUCCUGGGGGGAGUCUCGGGACCAGUCCUCGCCGUCGUCUCUUGCACACCACGCAGCCCAAGAGUUCAGUGACCAGGAAAGCAUUUCCGCCGACCAAGACAAGUCCCCGGACGAGAUAAGCAAACUGUGCAUGCUGCCGGAUGGCGUGUGGAACAAGAGAGGAUGUGAAGACUUUGUGGAUCUGCCUGGAACAGAUAGGGGAAAGUCCGGGGAGCAGAGCGACCGUUUCGUCGCCGAGAAAGACGACGCCGGUGUGGCGCUUGCAGCGAGUGAGACAGUCGGAGUUGACGCAGCGAUGGCGAGGUGCCAGACUGUUCCGGAGGGUCGGAGAGAAACAGACAUUCCAGCCAAUGACGCGGCGAUACCGGAGAAGGGAGCAGACGACUUUGAAAAGUCAAAAGACACAGAGGCAACGGUGAGGACAACGCGUUCUGAAACGAUGUUCAAGACACGAGUUGAAGCCUCUGAGAAUCGGGAUAUCACGGAGACCGUGCAGCGCUCAUCACACAUGGAGACAACCCAGGAGACAAAGGCGCGCGGUAGCGGGGGAGAAACGCGCAGUCUGCCGAACAGACAGAGCGCAGACGAAGCAAAGCGGGACACCUGGGGGAGUACCGCGGCGGAAGGAAAAUCCGCUGUGCCCGUGCAUCGAGAGGAGAGGAAGGAGUCUGCGGAAAGGCAACUGGCAGAAACGGAGCCAAGGAUGGAGGGAGAGCCGACGGAGGAAGUUAAGAGUCAUCCAAGCAAGACUUCUGAGACUGGAGUUCGUGACAAGGAACCGCAACCGUCAGAGAUCGGAUGUGCCGUGUCGACAGGUGCUGAACUGGCCGCGGGGACCAAGGAAGACGACUCCACUCAAGAAGGCGAGGUGCAGAGUCUGCAGUGCCAGCCACAUGCGGAGAAGGAAAACAAGAAGCUGACGAGACCACGACUUGUUCUACGGCGAACAGGAGGAGAGGAUACUCCAACUUCAAUUCAAGAAGAAUCCAAGGACAACACUCCUGUAGCUGCCUCAUCCCCAGGGUCCCGUCUUGUUCGGACACCUCCCAUUGACGAGAAUGUGUUCGUCUCAGUCGUGGCAGCUGAGUCCUCCGCGGCGGUGCUUUCAACGGAGCAAAGUGUCAAUCUUCCAGUUCCCGCUUCUCUAUGUAAUAACCAAAACAGCAGUGACAACGAAAACCGCCUCGAGUGUGGCUCAGAGUCGCCGGCGUCCAGAAUCUUUGGAGGACGAGAAGGCUCUAGUGUAUUAUCUCCAGCUGACGCGGCGGUCGUAGACGCGCAACCGGAAGCGUCGUGCUCCUUGACGGUGUCGGCGUCAGGCGCGAAGCGCCAGUACUCACUGUGCACAAGCUCACCGGAAAUAAUGUCGCCCUCCAACUCAAAGCUGGGGGUUGCCUCUCCGGCGAACAGCCUUCUCGCGGGGACCCCAGGGUGUCGCUCCGACGUCUCCGUGGGCGAGAAAUUGAGAGAUGAGGUAAAUCUACCGUGUUGUGGCACGGUACGGCUCUGCCGCUGUGCGGUCCCGCCGAGAAUGUGCGCCUGCAGUUUGAAUGCGGCCAAGAGCUUCCCGUCGCCGAGCAACAGAGAGUGGAGAACUACCGGAUGCUUCGGUGAGGUCGUCGUGUGUGGCUGCGAGCGAAGUUCGGCCAGGGGACAUGCGGAGGUGAUGAAUGAGAAAGGCGUCACGAUCGACCAUGAAUGCCUGAGUCUGAGCGGCAUGGACUGUGUCACACCGUGGAGAGGCGAUUCUCGGCUGGACAGCUGCGGCCAGAGCACAUGCAGUGGGUGCUGGAGAGUGGCGACAGCUGAUGCGGUCCGCAGUGCAAGUGGAGACAAGAGUUCGUCAACGUUCGUACGGGGCGCUGCAGAAAGUUGUUGCGCUGGCGGCUUCCCGGGGAACUUUGCAGGUGCUGGCCGCUCUCACGGCGGGUGUGUUUCGUCGAGUGCCUGCACCUUCGUGGAGAGGGCGGACCCAGUUAAUCUCCGCAGACUCCAGGCCUCGCGCGCUGCGGUAUACGGAGACAUCACGGGCGCUUGCCCCGUCGCGUGUAGGACGAAGCAUUGCUUGCCUCAGGUCCAGCUUUUUUCCGGUGGUUGCCCAUUUCUCCUCGGGCCGCAGGAGACGGCGGCAGCUGCUGUUGCCAUCGCAGAUGCAUGCGAAGAUACCUUCCAGUCCCUGGGAUGGAUUUCUGAGAAGCAGGGCAGCACGCAGGCCAAGGCAGAAAGCAAGUCGGAGUUGAAAUCGAAGGACGCGUUUCAACCAAAUGAGGACGAGCGGCUGCACCGCACUACUGACACUUUGCAGCAGGGCUCGGGAGCAGAAGAGAACGAAGAGAUAGGCAAGGUCGUGGCGCCGACGAAAAAGAACGGAUCACUGCUUUCUGAAACUCUCGAAGCGGUGGCGCGCUCUCGCGGACUGUGGUCACAAAUGGUUUUGGAGUCCCUGCUAGAGAGGCUACGAGAGGCAAACGGAGCUGGAGAGAUCUCAGUGACACCGACGUCCGCGCAGAAGGUGGCAGCAGACCGAGUCAUGGGUCCGUCCAGACUGUCAACGAUGGACAGCCCGGUGGGCAGUGCGAACGAGCUGUCGAGCAUGCAGUGCCGCGAGAAACUCGGGAGACUCGUCCGACAGACGGGGUCACCUAAAGAAGUCGGCGGGACUGAGGCGCGGUGCACGCCGCUGAGUGGCUGCUGGUCAUCCUGCAAGAAUUCCGUGAAGGCGGGUCUGGACGCGACAGACAACGCCCACGGCUUCGCGCGAGGAUCCGAAUCGAGGUCGCCCUCUUGCGGCGACGUAGUCAAAGCUGUUCUCCAAGACCAGCCAGGACGAGUGAAGACACCUACAGCCGUGCCACGGUCGUUGACGGAGGCGGAGGCGAGGUUUGGUGGCGCCUUUGGAACGGGGGCAUCACGGCCCGAGUUGUCUAAGGCGGGUGUGUCGCGGCGAAGAACAGACGAGGUCGGACGAAGUGCCGCGCUGCAAACAGAGAAACUCAAGGGUGCGCCGAGCGACAGUCCCAGACAGGUCCCCCCAGUCCAGAGUUGGGGGCCGGGCGCCCCGAUUCGCACGCUGGCCGAAGCACGAAUCGCUUCGUUGAAUGUGCGUUUCUCUCGAAGCGCAGCCGGCACCACAGCGUCACCGUUUCCUCCCAGAAGGACAGUAGUCCGACGACAGGGGCAGCUGGAGACCAUGCCUGGCCUGGCGAAGGCUGCAGUCGCAGUGAAGCCCCGAGAACCUGGGAUCCAAGCAGGGCAUGCCAGCGACCGUCGAGUGGACAAAGACGGCAAGGCCGGCAGCUCCGCGGUGCUUCUCCGGGCCGGGUCGUGCCGCGCCGCCUCUGCAGCUCCGAACGCCAGAAACGCUGGUCCCCGCAGAGCCAGGGACACUCCGCGACGAGAUAAGCAAGAUUGCGGCAGACGUUCUUUAUUGCCUGGUACCCACGGGCGAGGGGCGAGUCACAGCGGUCACGCAUCGUCGGCGCCUGACGCGACUCAACACCAGCUCGACGCCUUGCAUGCGGCAGCUGCGGCGGUGCUGCGGAGUCGCCUUGAAGGCCACAAGAAGGACCAGAUGGCUGGCCGGUCCUCUCGACACGCCCUGCGCGCGGUACCCUCUGAGCGGGGGGGGACGACUUUGCCAGGCCAUGCGGUUUCCAGCGAAGGCUGCGACGCCGAAAAUGACAACCUCGCUGGACUGUGGAACUGCGCUCAGGUCGGGUCGGAAGGACCGUGUGGAUCCCGUUUUGAAGGCAACAGAGAGACACUGUCGACGUCGCAGGUGUCCUCGGCGAAGGCGAAGGGGGCUUGUCGGUCCCCGGCGACGAACGGAUCCAGCCUGGGUGACGCAAAGGAGGACAGUCGAAGUCGAUCGGACUGUAUGCAAGCCUCAGAGUCCUACGGAGCCUGGCGUCAGAGGCAUGCGGAGGUGGAAGCCGGAGAAGGCUUUCUUGGAGAGAAGGCUGGCGAGGCGAAGGCGUUCUCGAUAGCUGGGGAUUCAGAGAAAUCGGUUCCCCGAUUGCCAGUUGAGGCCGCGACGCUGGCCAAGGAGUUUGCGAGGAAAGCACGCCUGGGAGAACCUCGCGGGUCCCAGACCGUCGCGGAUAGCCAAGUCGGCGUGAGUGUGGUAGACCCGAUCGAGUGCCUUAUCGCAGGUGUAUUGCCGCACAACGAAUAUGCGCGCUUGACGGCGGAACGCGCGGCGGAACAUGUGGUGCAUGGAGGCGCGGGGAAUCCGGUGCCCAGGGUCAGACGAAGUGUCUCGAUAUCUGUCCUCGGGGAGAAAACCACGGCAGUGAAACGCGGCGUGUCUGAGACAUUCACAUCCGGCGAAGGUCGGCAGGAGAGCAACAAAGAUAACGUGGCGGACGACCAGGAGGAGCAACUGCGGAAGCGACGGAAGCUGCAGUUUCUUUUAGGCAUCCCCUGUGGUUUAGAAGACAUCGAAGAGGCGCUGCAGUGGAGGGGAGAAGCCCAGAGUCGUCUGGCGGCAGGCGCAGCGCCGGUGUCUGCUUCGAGUGGAGACGUCCUCGACCCCGAGCCGUCCGGAGAAAGGGAUCAGACACGUCGUCUUCUCGUCCAGGCAGUGGAAGGACGGGCUGGUAGAGAGGAAGGCUUUCGAAACUCUGAUCGAAAGACCGAGCAGCAGUCCAACGAGGAGACGGCUUCGGAGGUGAAAGAUCGGAGUUUGAGUCGCCAGGCGUCGAUCCAGGAAAGUCGUGUUUGUCACGAGGAAACGUCGUCUCUUCUGGCAGUUUCUUCGGAUUCACGGCAACCUGUGCCGGCAAAGGUGUGCGCUGAGAGACUUGAGGUGGGCAGGUAUGAGGGUGAGGGGAGAUGUCGCGUCUUUGACCGUACUGGAACCGCAGGCGCGUGCACUGAGGUCGAAGCGACGGCGAUUCAUGGUGGUGUCGAGCCACACGAGGAGGGAGAUGUAUCAAGGAACGCGUCGCUUCUGCGUGAGGGGAAAGGCCAGGCAAGUGUGCCAGUCUCCGACACUUGCGCAGCCGAGUCUCUAGGAAGCGGUGAGCACAAAGGGAAAUUCGAAGAAGACAGCUCUGAAGGAGAGGGGAAGGCGGAUUCGGGGCCUGCGUGGGCGAACGGUUCUGUGCUGUCGCGAGUUGGAACGCUCUCGAUGGGGACUCUCUCAUGUCUCCGCCGAUUCUCUAGCCGGUCGACUGUCUGUACUGCGGGGUCGUUCUCGCGAGCCUCGUCGACAACGACGUCGGCGUACGAUUUGUCUCCAGUCGCAAGCCAGAUUUUGUCAGGGUGGUCAGGAAGUAUCAGCUGUCUCGAGAAAGGCGGCGAGUGUGGAGACGGGGGACUUGGGACCCUCGGUGUCUCGCCACUUCCUGUGACUCCUGCCGCCGUCGUUCGAUCGGAGACAUUUCCGGAAUCCGGGGAAACUUGGGGUGACAAAGAGUCAGGUAGUGCUCGUCCUGCGCUCGCAAUCGACUUGAGUGGCACCAAGGGCUUGCGUGCAGAGACACAGCUAGGCGACGGGGCUGACGGAAACUUCGAGGAAGCGGAGGAGGCAGGUGAGAAGACGUGUGGUAGCGAAGACUCGCGUACGACAGCUGCAUGCGUAGAGCUGAUGAUUGAAAUGUUUCAAGCGGUGGGCGAAGAGGCGGCUGUAGCUGCUGCCGCCUCUCUUUUGGAAAGGACCGAGAAAGACGACCUUGAGUCGCAGUGGGAAGACAUGGACGGACAGGGGGAGGCGAGUUCUUCGUGGAAUCAGGGAUCUCCCGGUGAAAGCCUCACCCCUGCCCAGCAAAAUGUGUCAGUGCGCAUGUGAAGGGUGGGGUCCUCCGAGUGUCAGAUACUGUUUCUUCUAGGGAGUUUUUAGCGGACGCCUUUGAAGACACGAGGGAGUUUUAUCAUAAGUUGUCGUAGGUGUCAGUGUGGGCGCACCACGUGGGAACUAGAAACAGGCAACCAGUGUGUUCCGAGGGAAGCGUCAGAGCUCAUCGGGAUUUUGAUAACGUACGAAUCGUGGUAGAACGGACGCGCGAUUACUGCCGGUCGAAUGGGACCUCGUGCGGAUAGGGGAGAACUCGUUACGGAACUACGCGUACGGACGGUGUCUAACGCAGAAUUGUAUAGAUCGAUAGGGCCGUGAACUAGAGGCUGGAGUUGACGAUCUAAUGAGUCAUAUUCAUAGAGCUUAUGGCUUCGCGGUACGGCGGGCGUAAGGACUGGCAGAGACCGCAGUGUUCUUCAAGACUAAGUUCCCAGCAGAAGGCGCGGAAGCCGUCUUUCUCCGUAGCGUAGACUUCGUAGUGCAGAAAAAUGAUGUUCGGUCGAUGUGAACAGAGGGAACUGCGGUUUUUUGUUCUGGUGUAUGGAAGGACACCGGCAGGGAGCGGUCGGUGUUCGUGAGCAUCUUCUGGUUGCGGACAUUCAUAGUCGGUGAAUGCGGCGCAGAGAAUUCGCUAACGGCGUUUUUUUCAGCUCUGGAAAUGCUGGCGCAUGCUCGUGAUUGUAGUGGCAUUGACCAGGAGAAGUAGCGGCGCUGUCGAUUCCGCCGUUUAUCAAAGUGUGUUCUGUGUGCGCGGUCCGUUUUUACUCUAAGAACGCUCUAGUAGUGCAGACUUGUGGGAGGUGGCUCGGUUGGCGGAAACGGCGUGGGUGCUCAUCUUUCACUUUCCGCAUAUAUAGCAUUCCGCAUCCACGGACUGAUGUUUACCGUCUACAGUGUCACACCUCACGAGACGCUCCAAGUGGCUUCAAUCGUCAUCAAAAUACGUACUUUUGUCCGUUGCGUCCUCUGUGGAUAUCGCAGUGAGUUGCAGUGUGGGAAUUUUUUUGAGGCUUGAUGGAGAGGAUACACAUGGCUGGGGGCAGGUGUUACCAAUUAGGUGAUGGUGACGGUGUUUUUUGGAUCGUUGCUUUUUGGGAGGUUGUUCACGCGAGCAUCUAGUCUGAGGAGGUUAUCCAAUCCGUUCGAUUUUUUUCGUUGACGAAUCCUGCCAACAUGAUUGCGAACGCGACGGUAUGUCGAUGGAGACAACACUGUCCGUGUAAGAGAUGCCGUUUCUUCAAAUGACAGUGUUCUGUUUCCUGUCUGGUUUUGGUCUCAUAAAGCGGAUUCGGGGAGUAUGUUUUUACGGACGAAGCAGCGGGAUGGUGCGUGUUGAAGCGGCAGUCGCGUCGUCUGUAGAGGCUGUGGAAGUAACGCACAGCACGAAGUUGGCGACGCACGUCCCUUGAGAUGUCAGGAAUACACGGAGGGAUGAGCUUUCUUUCAAGGCGGGCCAGUGUACAUCUGGUUAACUGACACCAGGUUUUAUUGACCCGUUGUAGUGUACAGUUUCCCGUCGUGUGCCUAAGAGGGAGCAAUAAACUGUUCAUCAUAGGCGCCUUUUCCCAGCGGUUUUCUCGUUUCUCCUUCCUCCCGCUGUCACAACGCAAAUUGAAGGGGUAGUGCAAGUAUUACGGUAGUACAGUUCUGUAACAAAAAAGUGAAAUUUAUUCCCGCGUGUGACUUGGCGGGUAGUGUAGGGUCAGGGUGUGUGUGGUGGGGAAGUAGUGUAUGCGAAGUUUGCGCAUUUCCAAUGGUGCCUGGUUGGAAAGUGAAUCCGUCUCCCGAAGAAGGGGUAUUUCUGUUCAACAUAAACUUAGCUACUUGUUACACUAGUGAACGAGUACUGCGCAUGAACUGUACCUCAAUAUCACACAAACUAUCUUUAAAAAUGUGUCGUUUCAUCGAAAUUUUGACGGCAGCGGAUCAGGGUAAUUCCGGGCAGUGGUAGAGAACUGCCUCAGGCUCUGUAAUGGAGAGUGCUUUCCGACACCAGGAGUAGUAAAGAGGUUCGAAGCGAACGCACUUGCCUUCCAUAGAACGCUCGCACAUUUCACUGACGUGAAAAGCGCCUUGGCGCGUGCAGAUGUCUUGCGCUGAUACCGGAGCGUAUCUUUUUCUGGAAGUUUCUGAGCUAGGUCAACGUGGUUGCUGUUGUGGAGGUGGGUCUUGUUGGUAGAACCAUGAGGGCCUCGUAGAUAUGUGGAGGCUUCGUAGCUGGGUAUGACGAGAACCGAGGUAUGAUGAAACCCGAAAAUCAUGGCCUGCUUCCGUCUUCACUAAAUAUAUUAUCCAGGUUUUGCCUGCUCCCCUUGAACGACUUACCCUGUUCGAUCUUUCCCAACUGAGGCAGACUUCUUUCAGAUUAUUCAGUGUAGUAGCAGUUCUUUUAGGCUUUCACUUUUCGUGCUGGGGAACCUCGUGAGCCCGGCCUUGUUCCAUUUUUGUCUCAGCAAAGCGUGACAUAUCGCACCUUGAACUCGCCAUCCUACGUGUAUAAAAGGGAUUACUCAUUGUACGGCGUCCGUCAAAAACUUACGUUUUUCUGUCGUUGGCGAUUGG